CUAGUUGCCAAUGCUCGUAAUAAAUUAAAAAAAAAAAAAAACUACUUGACAUUUGACGUUUAUGUGGUCGUGCAAGUUGAGUAUAUAACCUAUAAAAUAAACAAUCUCAUGCAUUUUAUUACUACAAUAACCUAAAAUUGUUAUGAUAAUGGGUAAAAAAAGCAAAAAUAAUAAUAAAACACAAGAGAGUCACCUUCCAAUAUCCGACGAAGGAAAACUACAGUUAGAAAAUGGUGAUUUUCCUUCAGAAACCAAUAACAGUAUACAUUCAGUGAAAAAAUCGAAAAAGAAACGAAGACCAGAUUUAAAUGGUAGUGCCGUAAAGGAUACUCCUGCGCAAAUAAAAAGUGAAGAAAUAAAUGGAAGCAAAGCAGAUGGUGAAAUUAAAAAGAAAAAGAGAGGUUUGAAUGAUGAAGUACUAAGUGAAGAAGUACAUAAUGAUACUGAUAAGAACUUAAAUGAAGAUGAAAAACAUAUCUCAAAGAAAAAAAAGAAGAAAAAUAAGGUAUUAGAAGAAGAUGUUAAACUGGAAAUAGAUGAAAUCCCUGAAAUAGAAGAUCGUAAACCACAAAAAGGUUCGAAGAAAAAGAAAAACAAGAAUAGUUCAGUUAAUGAGGUUAAAAAUGAAGAGAUCAUAGUACCCCAAUUAGAAAAUAAAGAAACAACGGUCAAAAACAAAAAAGGAAAAAAUAAAGCAAAGACCGGGGCUCCAGUGUUAAAUGAUGAGGAAGCACAAGUGACAGAAGACAUCGACAAGUUUAUUGAUGAGUUGGAUGAAGAAGACAACAAGCAAUAUGAAGACUGGGUCAAGUUACUGGAUGCCAGGCUUAGCAAGAAGAUUAAAACGGAGUAAAAAUCUAUUUGGUACUGUAAGCCAGCAGUAAAAGCAACAAUAUAAGCAAGGUGUUUAAAGUAUUAUGUAAAUGACUGUAUACAUAUGUCUAUUGUAAUAAAAGUGCUUUUUGUAGUUAACAUUGAGCACUUAGUCUGUA